ACUAAUUAUGUAGAGAAAUGUUUGUAAGUGGUUUCUAAAAGUUUUAUUUCAUUAUAGAAUAAAAUUUGGUAGUUUUAACUCUACCCAGUUCUUCUCUAGUGCAGUGAACAUAUAUCAGAUUACUUGGUUUAGAAAACAAGUUCCAGCCCUGCGUAUCUAACCAGCAAACGGUCCAAACCAGAAGUUUCGGCUUAUAUUCAGAUAAGAUUUCAUUACUCAUUCACAAGGAUAUAGAACGGACUAUUCCCCCGACUUUUCCACGUCCAGUUAUACAAAAUGGCCAGCAAGGGAGCAGACCUCGAGCAGGAGAAUGAAAUCUUGGAUUGGAUGGAGACGAUCAUGGGUGAAAAACUACCAAGAGGAAACUUUGGAGAAGAUUUGAAAAAUGGUGUUAUUCUUUGUCGGUUCAUCAAUAAGCUCGCCCCUGAUUCCAUCCCAGAGAAGAAAAUCGCUACCAGCGGUGGAGGAUUCAAACUCCGAGAAAACGUUGAACGAUUCCAGAAAGCUAUUGUAAAAUACGGCGUUCCACAAGAAGAAAUAUUUGUGACAGUAGAUUUAUUUGAAAAGAAAAAUCUGAAGCAGGUCCGAUUGACUCUGCUUGCUUUGGGAAGAAUUGCACAAAACAAGGGCCAGCCAGGCAUAGGACCAAAGAUGUCCGACGAGAAUAAGAGGAAUUUCAGCGAGGAGCAGAUUCGACAGGGGCGUGACGCCCAAAUUGGACUCCAGGCAGGAUCUAAUAAGGGGGCGUCUCAAGCGGGAAUUAACAUGGGAAAACAGAGAAUGAUCCAAGAUUAAACACCUAGGUGUUUGCAAUGAUGAACACCUGGGUCUAGCGUUUUGUAUGAUGAACACCUGUAUGCUAAUGCUGCCAAAAGAAAUGAAAUCGUUUAUUGUUAAAACGUGAUAAACAGUUGAAAGAAUUCAAUAAAAUGAGAACACGUGACCUUGUUGUGUCAUGUUGCCAUAGUGCUUAUCAUAUGAUUCUGAUGUUCAUCAUGAUAUUACUAGGUGUUCAUCAUUACUGAAACCAGUGUUCAUCAAAACAGAUGUUACUUCAUAGACAUUCAGAAUGAUAUAUAAAGAAUUGUGAAAUAUUAAAAGUAAAUAUUGAAUUGCAAAUUAUUAUUCAAGAAAAACAAUAAUUUUUCUUUCCUUGUUCGGGAUUGGCUGGAGGCUGGCGGUUUCAAAUUUGGCACAAGACACAGAAGUCUCCCUUAUUAAAAUCUUUAUGCAAAUAAAUUCAUUAUAUUUAAUUUAAUAUUUAUUAUUCUUAUACGAUUCUUGACAUAGCAUUCAUCUUUUUUUAGAAUUAUAGCAAACAUU